CCUUCAAGCAUAUCGUAGAAACAUGCAGGCGGCCGAGUUGAAGUACGUAAUUUUCGGCGCGUUACUCAUCACGACGCUAUGCGCGCAGUCUCGAAUUGCGGAAGGACAAGCUUUACCAAAACGGAUUUACGCCGGAUUCAAUAGCGGUGAAAACUACCGUCCGCUUCUGUCGACGAUCUCCUCGUUGACAGUUGGGAUUGUGGAAUUCCUGCGGGAGGGCAGAAACUAUCACCAAGCCGAGCCACCAGACAUGACGCCGGGACCGGAUGCCGAGUACGACGUGAUCGUCGUAGGGGCCGGAAGCGCAGGCGCGGUCAUUGCGAGUCGGCUGACGGAGGUUCCGGAGCUCAAGGUGCUGCUCCUCGAGGCCGGGAGGAGCGAGAAUCUGAUAAUGGACAUCCCCCUGCUGGUCAACUACCUGCAGUUCAGCAACGACAUCAACUGGAAGUACCGGACCGAGCCCUCGGACAGCUACUGCCUGGGGAUGAAGGACCGGAGGUGCAACUGGCCGAGGGGCAAGGUGAUGGGGGGCAGCAGCGUCCUCAACUACAUGAUCGCGACCCGCGGCGACAAGCGGGACUACGACAGGUGGGCGGAGUUGGGGAACGUCGGAUGGUCUUACGACGAGGUGCUUCGCUACUUCAAGAAGAUGGAGAACAUCGGGAUCCCAGGGCUGAGGGUCGACGAGGAGAUGCACAACACCGAAGGCCCCAUGGCGAUAAACUAUCCGACCUUCCACACGCCCCUCGCGACGGCCUUCCUCCAGGCCGGGGAAGAGCUCGGCUUCGACAUCCAGGACUACAACGGAAGGACCGAGACCGGAUUCUCCUACAUCCAGACGACGACCGCCAACGGAUCGCGGGUCAGCACGAGCAGAGCUUAUCUUCACCCCGUCAAGACUCGGAGGAACUUGUUCGUCAGCAAGAACAGCCUGGUGAGCAAGGUGCUCGUCGACCCGAGAGACAAACGGGCCGUCGGCGUCGAGUUCUACAAGAACAACCGGAAGUUCGCCGUCAGGGCGAGAAAAGAAGUCGUUCUCAGCGCCGGGACGAUCGGCUCCGCUCAGAUUCUUAUGCUCAGUGGAAUCGGACCGGCCGAGCAUCUCGCCGACAUCGGGAUUCCGCUGGUCAAGGACGCGCCGGUCGGCAAGAACUUGAUGGACCACAUCGCCUACGGCGGUUUCGUCGCCCUCGUCGAUCAGCCCGCCUCGAUAAUCGGUAGGGACAUAAUGAACCCCGUGAAACCCUACAUCGCCGACUACUUGACCAAUCGUCAAGGCCCUCUGACGGUUCCGGGAGGCUGCGAAGCUCUGGCCUUCCUCAACACCGACACACCCAACGACCACAGCAGCUGGCCAAACGUCGAGUUAAUCUUCCAAGGUGCCUCGCUCGGCUCUGACCAAGGAGCCCGUCGCGGAUUCGGAAUAUCUGACAAAUUCUGGUCCCGGACAUACCGAGAGAUCGAAAAUCGACACUCCUGGAGCAUUCUUCCGAUGCUGUUGAGACCACUGAGUCGCGGUGAGAUCCUCCUGAGAAACAGGAACAUCAGAUCCCCACCGAGAAUAAUUCCGAACUACAUGAGCCACCCGGAAGACGUGCGCGUCAUGGUGGCCGGAAUCCGCGCCGCCCAAAACGUGACUCGCACGAGUGCCAUGCGGCAGUUCGGCUCGAGGCAGUUCGACGUCCGGUUUCCCGGAUGUCAAAGGUUUACCUACGACUCGGACGGCUACUGGGAAUGCGCCGCCCGCACUCUCACCUUCACCAUUUACCAUCAUUCUGGCACCGCUAAAAUGGGUCCUCAGGGCGAUCCAACCGCCGUCGUUAAUCCAAGACUUCAGGUUUACGGCGUUAAGGGGCUGAGAGUCGCGGACGCAUCGAUAAUUCCGGAGAUUCCAACGGCGCACACGAACAUCCCGGUAAUUAUGAUCGGCGAGAAGCUGGCCGACAUGGUGAAAGAAGAUUGGGGCUAUACGACGGAUGGCUGGGAGAGAUCGGCGAGAUCGGCGAGACGAGGAUGAGGAUUCCUCGGGAUUUCGAAGCUCGGUUGGCGCUAAGGAGUCUGGCGCAGUUGCGAAAACAAGCGGAGCUGAUCUUUCGAUGAAGUUCCGGUCGCCUCGACUUCCGAGGGCGCAAAGAGCUUGGCAAAAUUUCGGGAAAUGGCGGAUGCUCGCCCGUUUAUAAAUCCUCUGAUUCCAAAAUUGGCGAGCGAUUUUCGAAAUUCCAAUGACGAGCGAGAUUUCAAAGUCACGAAGAAGUCUUGAGCUGAUACGAAAAUCGCGAUCAUUCGACGGUUCAACAAAGCGAAGA